GUGCUACGGGGCGGAGGCGACGGUGUGUGGAGCAGGCUCCGCGUGCAGUGUGGCUGCCGGUCGCCGGCUGCUUUCUCCUGGGCCUGGAACUGCGAGAAGGGAUGGCAGACGAUCUUGGAGACGAGUGGUGGAAGAACCAGCCGGCAGGAGCAGCCAGCAGUCCAGAUGCAUCAGAUGUUGAAGCAGGUGGAGAUACAGAAGUGAUGCAGCAGGAGACAGCUCCAGUCCCUGCCCAGUCAAAGAAAACCAAACAGCCUAAAGAAUGUUUCUUAAUUCAACCAAAGGAAACAAAAGAGGGUGCCACCAAGACUAAGAAGAGGAAAAAGAAGAAAAUCACUGAUAUUCUUGCAAAAUCAGAGCCCAAGCCAGGCACACCUGAAGAUCUACAGAAGCUGAUGAAGGACUAUUACAGCAGCAGUCGCUCGGUGAUUGAAUUAGAAGAACUAAACCUACCAGAUUCUUGUUUCCUCAAGGCCAAUGAUCUGACUCACAGUCUUUCAUCAUACCUAAAAGAAAUUUGUCCUAAGUGGGUAAAACUUCGGAAAAACCACAGUGAGAAGAAAUCCGUCCUAAUGCUGAUCAUCUGCAGCUCUGCCAUCCGCACCCUGGAGCUCAUUAGGUCAAUGACAGCAUUUAAAGGAGACAGCAAAGUUAUGAAAUUAUUUGCAAAACACAUAAAGGUCCAGGAACAAAUAAAGUUGCUGGAGAAGCGUGUGGUACAUCUAGGUGUCGGAACUCCAGGGAGAAUUAAAGAACUCGUUAAACAAGGUGGCCUUAAUUUAAACCCCUUAAAGUUCCUGGUUUUUGACUGGAACUGGAGAGACCAGAAGCUGAGGAGAAUGAUGGACAUUCCCGAGAUAAGAAAGGAGGUUUUUGAACUUCUGGAAAUGGGAGUACUCAGUCUAUGCAAGUCUGAAUCUUUGAAGUUGGGCCUUUUCUGAGCCUGGAUCCUACUAAAGAUCGCAGUUCUCACCGUGGGAUCACAUCUUACUGAAUGACUCUGGUUAUGGCAAGCCCUCAGUACAUAUCAGCUAUUGUUUUAUUAUGCUGACUGUACAACCAGAUGCAGUUCUGGGAAUGUCUGACAGGGAUUCAUUGACAGAGCUGAAUCUGCUUUAGCCAGCUCCCUUGUAAAAUAAAGAGUCAUUGGUUUGUCU